AGUCAAGCGCAAUUAACGAUGCAAACCUGCUACAUUUCAGAGUCACGUAGGACAUUAUUCCAGAAUCAUUAUGGGUGCAAGAAACAUUCUGUUUGCGAUCUUCUUGACGAUAGUUUCUACAAACGUGAUAAAAGCAGCAGUGAUAACGAAAUUGUUAGAAGAGGAAGCUCUUCCUCGUUUUAUAAAUUCUAUAGCGAGCUCCUUCCCUGAAUUCGGUCAGUUUUCCCAUAAUGUUGCCUCAUCAGCGGCCACUGCAGCAUCACGCGCUUUCGGCGGUUUCAAGACCUACGUCGGUGGCUUGUGUAACGGUCUCAGAGAUAUGGAUAUCCCACCCAGAUUUAAUCUCCUGCGUUGCUUCGUUAAUGAGGAUUUACUCUCACGUUUUGCGCAUCCUACUAUUGGUGUGAAUGAGGGAUCCGCUGCGUCGAGCGCAGCGGCAGCGUCUGCAACUGGAGAUGCUCCCGGUGGCGCCGUUGUACCGCAUCUGGUACCAGUACCACGUUUUAGACGUGUUUCAGAAACGGGAGCUGUUGGCAGCGAUGGUGCUUUAGCCACUGGAGCUCACGGUUCUGUUAUAGCUCUCGGAAACUAGACGCAAAGUUUGCGAGACAUAAAUAUCAGAGAGAAAAAGAUCGAUUUUAUUUAAUUUAACGUGUAUAUGAUGCACGACGCGAUGAUAUGCAUGUGUGUAAUGCGCUUAAUAUACUUACUGAUCAAGUAAGUUGAAUUAAGAGAAAGAGGCUGCAACGAGAUGAUAAAGUAAUUGUACACUCUGUACUCUUAUUCGUAUUUCAACAUCUAAUGGCAAAGUUUCCGAUUAUCUUUCCCACGUAGAUGUUAUGCAAUGUAAGAUUUACGUUAUGCAUGCAAUAAAUGUAAUUGUAAAUGUAUUUUUAA